CACAGCCAGCCUCGGCACACAGACGCUGUACGAGCAUCACCGUGUGAACACUAACCAUGGCUGAAGGAGGAGAAGGCGAGGAUGAAAUCCAGUUCUUGCGCACUGAUGAUGAAGUGGUCUUACAAUGCUCAGCUACAAUCCACAAGGAGCAACAAAAACUUUGUCUUGCUGCUGAAGGCUUUGGGAACAGACUCUGCUUCCUCGAGUCCAUUUCAAACUCCAAGAAUGUACCUCCAGAUCUGUCAAUCUGCACUUUUGUGCUGGAGCAGUCGCUGUCUGUACGAGCCCUGCAGGAGAUGCUGGCCAACACCCAAGAGAAGGCGGAUGGGAUGGCCCAGGGAGGAGGUCAUAGGUACCUGUGCUGCCUGUCCACCUCGCGUUCGUCCACAGACAAACUGGCUUUUGACGUGGGGCUGCAGGAGGAUACCACAGGCGAGGCAUGCUGGUGGACCAUCCAUCCAGCAUCAAAGCAGCGCUCAGAGGGAGAAAAGGUUAGAGUGGGAGAUGAUCUCAUCCUGGUCAGCGUCUCCUCUGAAAGAUAUCUGCACCUGUCCUAUGGUAAUGGCAGUCUCCAUGUCGAUGCAGCCUUCCAGCAGACACUGUGGAGUGUGGCUCCCAUCUGCUCUGGGAGUGAAGUAGCACAAGGUUUCCUUAUUGGAGGAGAUGUUCUGCGCCUACUUCACGGUCACAUGGACGAGUGCCUAACAGUUCCUUCUGGGGAGCAUGGAGACGAGCAAAGGCGGACAGUGCAUUAUGAAGGCGGAGCAGUGUCCUGUCAUGCCAGGUCACUGUGGAGGCUGGAGACACUGCGAGUCGUGUGGAGUGGGAGUCAUAUCCGUUGGGGUCAGCCAUUCAGACUGAGACAUGUGACCACAGGGAAGUAUCUGAGCAUGGUAGAAGACAAGUCUCUGUUGCUGAUGGACAAAGAGAAAGCUGACGUCAAGUCUACAGCCUUCUGCUUCAGGUCUUCCAAGGAAAAGCUGGACCUGGGUGUGAGGAAGGACGUGGAUGGGAUGGGCACUCCUGACAUAAAGUAUGGUGACUCUGUGUGUUACAUUCAACAUGUUGACACCUGUCUGUGGCUUACUUACCAGACGGUUGAUGCCAAGUGUGCACGCAUGGGUGGAGUACAGAGAAAGGCAAUCAUGCACCAUGAGGGGCACAUGGACGAUGGGCUGACACUAUCGCGAUCACAGCACGAAGAGAGCCGCACUGCAAGGGUCAUCCGCAGUUCUGUCUUCCUGUUCAACUGCUUCAUCAGGGGUCUGGACAUACUAAGAAAGAAAGGAAGGAGCUUCACUUUGGAUCUGCCAAUAGACUCAGUCAGCCUGAGCCUCCAGGAUCUAAUAGGUUAUUUCCAACCGCCUGGAGAUCACCUAGAACAUGAAGACAAGCAGAACCGACUGCGAGCUCUGAAGAACCGUCAGAACCUCUUUCAGGAAGAGGGGAUGAUCAGCCUGGUCUUGGAGUGCAUUGAUCGGCUUCAUGUCUACAGUAGUGCAGCUCAUUUUGCAGAGGCAGUUGGAAAGGAGGCUGGAGAGGCCUGGAGCGCCAUUCUCAACUCCCUCUACCAGCUACUGGCUGCACUCAUCAGAGGGAACAGGAAGAACUGUGCCCAGUUCUCUGGUUCACUGGACUGGCUCAUUAGCAGACUGGAGCGACUGGAGGCUUGCUCUGGUAUAUUGGAGGUGCUUCACUGUGUACUGGUGGAGAGUCCUGAAGCACUUAACAUAAUCAAAGAGGAACAUAUCAAGUCUAUCAUAUCUCUGUUGGACAAACAUGGCCGGAACCACAAGGUUCUAGACGUGCUGUGUUCACUGUGUGUGUGUCACGGCGUGGCAGUGCGCUCUAACCAGCACCUGAUCUGUGACAACCUGCUGCCAGGAAGAGAUUUGUUACUGCAGACCCGCCUGAUCAACCACAUAAGCAGCAUGCGACCCAACAUCUUUUUGGGCGUCAGUGAGGGCUCUGCCCAGUACAGGAAGUGGUACUACGAGCUGAUUGUGGAUCAGGUUUUGCCAUUUGUCACAGCAGAGGCCACUCACCUCAGGGUGGGUUGGGGCAACACCAAUGGCUAUGCACCGUACCCCAGUGGAGGAGAGGGGUGGGGAGGCAACGGGGUGGGUGAUGACCUCUAUUCCUAUGGCUUUGAUGGACUCCAUCUUUGGUCAGGCUGCAUUGCGCGGACUGUUAGCUCACCCAAUCAGCAUCUCCUUCGAUCAGAAGAUGUGGUGAGCUGCUGCCUGGACCUCAGUGUGCCCAGUAUCUCCUUCAGAAUCAAUGGCCAGCCAGUUCAGGGCAUGUUUGAGAACUUCAACUCUGAUGGCCUUUUCUUCCCAGUGGCGAGCUUCUCUGCUGGGGUCAAGGUGCGAUUCCUCCUCGGUGGGCGUCAUGGGGAGUUUAAGUUCCUCCCUCCUCCUGGUUAUGCCCCUUGCUAUGAAGCAGUGUUGCCCAGGGAGAAACUGAAACUGGAGGCUAGUCAGGAUCAGACUGCCACCAGAGACCUGCUGGGACCGACUGUCACUUUGAGCCAGGCAGCAUUCACCCCUAUACCUGUAGACACCAGCCAGAUUAUUUUGCCACCUCACUUGGAAAGGAUCAGAGAAAAACUAGCAGAAAACAUCCAUGAACUCUGGGUGAUGAACAAGAUAGAAUUAGGCUGGAUCUAUGGUGCAGUGAGUAAUGAUAAUAAGCGGCAGCACCCAUGUCUGGUGGAGUUCUCCAAGCUUCCUGAACAGGAACGAAGCUACAAUCUACAGAUGUCUCUGGAAACUCUCAAAACUCUCCUGGCUCUGGGUUGCCAUGUUGGCCUAGCAGAUGAACACGCUGUAGAGAAAGUCAAGAACAUGAAACUUUCAUCAACCUAUGAGUUAUCCAGCGGUUAUAAACCUGCUCCUCUGGAUCUGAGUCACAUCAAAUUGACCUCCACCCAGGAAGCUAUGGUGGACAAGCUAGCUGAGAAUGCACACAAUGUUUGGGCAAGAGAUCGCAUCCGCCAGGGCUGGACCUAUGGCAUACAACAGGUUCUAACAGCUGGAGAGAUGAGGGUCGGCUGGGCCAGGCCAGGAUGUCUACCAGACCAGGAGCUGGGCUCUGAUGAUCAGGCAUUUGUCUUUGAUGGCUUCAAGACAGGUUUUAUACCAGUUUGCAGUCUGGGUGUGUGUCAGGCUGGGAGAAUGAACUUUGGUAAAGAUGUCAGCACUUUAAAGUACUUCACCAUUUGUGGCCUACAAGAAGGCUAUGAGCCUUUUGCUGUUAACAUGAACCGGGAUGUCACCAUGUGGCUUAGCAAGAGGCUCCCUCAGUUUGUACCAGUACCCCUCCACCACCAGCACAUCGAGGUGACGAGGAUAGACGAGACAAUAGAGUCGUGUCCAUGCCUGAAGGUCACUCAGAAGUCCUUCGGCUCACAGAACAGCUACACUGACAUUACCUUCUACAGACUGAGCAUGCCCAUUGAAUGUGCCGAAACCAGGUGCCCACCAAACGGCAGCCUCUUCUCACCAAAGAGGGAGUUGGAGGACUUUGAAAACGUGUCAGACUUUGAGGUCCUGAUGAAGUCAUCUCACAGUCAUAAUGGUCCCAAUGGACCCGACAGAGAUGAAUUCAACAACCACAAAGAUUAUAACCAGGAGAAGCCCUCCAAGCUCAAACAGCGGUUGACGCUGAAGAGAAACAAGCCAGACAACAGCUGUCCCUCAUCUGCUCGUGUGUCGGAGGAGGUGAUGGCUGAUGACAGAGUUAGCUCUGAUUUCCUCAUGCAAGCCUCCACUUACUACUAUUCAGUGCGGAUCUUCCCAGGUCAGGAGCCCAGCAGUGUUUGGGUAGGCUGGGUGACUUCUGACUUCCAUCAGUACGACCCGUGCUUUGAGCUGCACAACGUCCGGACUGUCACGGUUACCCUGGGAGAUGAAAAGGGCAAAGUUCAUGAGAGCAUAAAACGCAGCAACUGUUACAUGGUGUGGGGUGGAGAAAGCAGCAGCCCCAGUCAGGGGAGGAACAACGGCUUAGAGAUUGGCUGCCUGGUUGACACUACAAACGGUCUGCUGACAUUCACAGCCAAUGGCAAAGAACUCAGCACAUACUACCAGAAUGUGAUGCCUCUAUCAGCUGGUCUGUUUAAGAGUGAGAAGAAGAACCCAGUUUCCCAGUGUCCUCCACGGCUGCACAAUGUGAUGCCUCUAUCAGCUGGUCUGUUUAAGAGUGAGAAGAAGAACCCAGUUUCCCAGUGUCCUCCACGGCUGCACGUACAGUUUCUUACUCCUGUUUUAUGGAGUCGUGUUUCCAACCACUUCCUUAAGGUCUCAGUAUCCAGAGCAAAUGAUCGACAUGGCUGGCUGGUGCAGUGUAACAAACCUCUGCAGUUCAUGUCUCUGCACAUACCUGAGGAGAACAGGUCGUUGGAUAUCCUGGAACUGUCAGAGCAGAAGGACUUAUUAAAAUUUCACUACCAUACCCUCAGACUGUACUCUGCCAUCUGUGCUCUGGGAAACAACCGAGUAGCUCAUGCCCUCUGCUCCCACGUGGAUGAGGCACAGCUCCUUUACGCUAUAGAGAAUAAAUAUAUGCCAGGUCUUCUUCGUGCUGGCUACUAUGACCUCCUCAUCGACAUCCACCUGAGCAGCUAUGCUACAGCUCGCCUCAUGAUGAACAAUGAGUACAUUGUUCCCAUGACGAAUGACACAAAGAGCAUCACUCUGUUCCCAAAUGAAAAGAAGAAACAUGGCCUGCCAGGCAUUGGACUCAGCACCUCUUUGAGACCCAGAAUGCACUUCACAUCCCCAAAUUUUGUUUCCAGGCCCGGACCAUCGUGCUUUAACAACGGCAACAGUGGAUCAGGAGAUUGUUUCCAGUACAGCCCUGAAUUCCCCUUAGACAUACUGAAAGUUAAAACCAUUGAGAUGUUGACAGAGGCAGUACGGGAGGGGAGCAUGCACGUACGGGACCCAGUAGGAGGAAGCACAGAGUUUCUAUUUGUUCCACUCAUCAAGCUGUUAUAUACUAUGCUCAUCAUGGGCGUUUUCCAAAACGGAGAUCUGAAGAAUAUCCUCCGACUGAUUGAACCUUCUGUGUUCUGUGAACGACGCAAUGAGCAGGAUGCACUUUGCAAGGAGAUGGAGGUGCUAAAGAAGGGUGAAGCCGAAGGAGGAGGAAAGGAGGGAGUGCUGAAUGUCCCCAAAGAAGGACUGUUAGAGAUGAAGCUGCCAGAGCCUGUAAAACUCCAGAUGUGUCAUGUGCUGCAGUACCUGUGUGACUGUCAGGUGCGCCAUCGUAUUGAGGCAGUGGUGGCCUUCUCUGAUGACUUUGUGGCUUGUCUCCAAGAAAACCAACGAUUUCGUUACAAUGAGGUGAUGCUGGCACUCAACAUGUCUGCAGCCCUUACUGCCAAGAAGACCAAAGAGUUCAGAUCCCCCCCACAGGAACAGAUCAACAUGCUGUUAAACUUUAAGGAUGAGAAGCAGGAGUGUCCCUGUGCUGAAUACAUCCGAGAACAGCUGCUAGACUUCCAUGAAGAUCUGAUGAGGCACUGUGGUAUAGAGUUGGACGAGGACAGAGGCAUAAACUGUGACAGUGACUUCACCAUACGAGGUCGACUCAUGUCACUGGUGGAGAAAGUGGCUUAUCUAAAGAAGAAGAUGGCCAACCUGCCACAGGAAAAAAAAGACAGGAAACCCAGUACCUUACAACAGCUCAUUUCUGAUACAAUGGUGCGCUGGGCUCAGGAGUCAGUUAUAGAGGAUCCAGAGCUGGUCAGAGCUAUGUUUGUCCUACUUCACCGCCAGUAUGAUGGCAUUGGUGGACAGGUGCGGGCUCUUCCUAAAACCUACACUAUAAACUCCGUAUCAAUCGAGGACACCAUCAACCUGUUAGCGGCUCUCGGUCAGAUCAGAUCUCUGCUGAGUGUGCGGAUGGGAAGAGAGGAGGAGAAACUGAUGAUCAGAGGGCUGGGAGAUAUCAUGAACAACAAAGUGUUUUACCAACAUCCUAACCUGAUGAGAGCGUUGGGAAUGCACGAGACUGUCAUGGAGGUCAUGGUCAAUGUGCUCAGUGGAGGAGACUCCAAGGAAAUCACCUUUCCAAAAAUGGUGGCCAACUGUUGUCGUUUUCUAUGUUACUUCUGUCGAAUCAGCCGUCAGAACCAGAAAGCCAUGUUUGACCAUCUGAGUUAUCUGCUGGAGAACAGCAGUGUUGGCCUGGCAUCUCCAUCUAUGCGAGGAUCCACUCCUCUGGAUGUGGCUGCAGCAUCAGUCAUGGAUAAUAAUGAGCUUGCCCUUGCUUUAAGAGAGCCAGACCUGGAGAAGGUGGUACAAUAUCUAGCUGGGUGUGGGCUGCAGAGCUGUGUGAUGCUGGUCCGUAAGGGAUACCCUGACAUUGGCUGGAACCCUGUGGAGGGGGAACGAUACCUUGACUUCCUGCGCUUUGCUGUCUUCUGCAAUGGUAAAAAUGGUUCAGUUGGAUAUGACUUUGAGCGCACUAUUUUCCUUCGGCACACCUUUUGCAGUGACAUGCCAGGGGAAGAGGAAGAUGAUACAAUUCACAUGGGAAAUGCCAUCAUGACCUUCUACUCUGCUCUCAUUGACCUGCUGGGCCGCUGUGCUCCAGAGAUGCAUCUGAUCCAUGCUGGUAAAGGUGAAGCUAUCCGUAUCAGAGCGAUUUUGAGGUCUCUUAUUCCUAUUGAAGACUUGGUGGGAGUCAUCAGUAUUUCAUUCUCUAUGCCUAACCUGGCUAAAGAUGGGUUGGUUGUGGAGCCAGACAUGUCAGCAGGUUUCUGCCCAGACCACAAAGCAGCCAUGGUGCUGUUCCUGGACCGUGUCUAUGGUAUAGAAGACCAGAAUUUUCUUCUCCACCUUCUGGAGGUUGGGUUCUUACCAGACCUGAGGUCUGCUGCCUCUCUGGACACUGUUGCGCUGAGUGCCACAGACAUGGCACUGGCACUCAACAGGUAUCUGUGUACAGCAGUGCUGCCUCUCCUGACUAAAUGUGCGCCACUGUUUGCGGGGACGGAGCCGUUCGCCUCACUAAUUGACUCCCUGCUUCAUACGGUUUAUCGCCUGUCCAAAGGCUGCUGCCUCACCAAAGCUCAGAGGGACUCCAUAGAGGAGUGUCUGCUUGCUGUUUGUGGUAAGCUAAGGCCUUCAAUGAUGCAGCACCUACUCAGGAGGCUGGUGUUUGAUGUUCCUCUACUUAAUGAGCACACCAAGAUGCCUCUAAAGCUGUUGACCAAUCACUACGAGCGUUGCUGGAAGUACUACUGUUUGGCUGGAGGUUGGGGCAAUUUUGGAGUAGCAUCAGAUGAAGAGCUGCACCUCUCUAGGAAAAUGUUCUGGGGAAUAUUUGAUGCCCUGUCCCACAAGCAGUACGACCAGGAGCUAUUUAAACUGGCGCUGCCGUGUCUUAGUGCUGUGGCUGGAGCUCUUCCUCCAGAGUAUAUGGAGUCCAACUACAUGGCCAUGAUGGAGAAACAGUCAUCUAUGGACUCAGAAGGAAACUUCACACCACAGCCUGCAGACACCACCAAGUAUGAUAAAGAGACAUACUGCUGGCCCAUCAGAGAGUCUCUGAAGACCAUGCUUUCAUGGGGUUGGAGCAUUGACAGGAUCAGAGAGGGAGACUCUGUCAACCUUCACAACAAGCCCAGAAGGAUAUCACAGGCCAGUCAGCUUUCUUUUGAAGGAGCUUCAGCUUUCAGUCCAAGACCCACUGAUAUGAGUAACGUGACAUUGUCCAGAGACCUGCAGUCAAUGGCAGAGCUGCUUGCGGAGAAUUAUCAUAAUAUCUGGUCCAGGAAAAAGAAACUGGAGCUGGAAGCCAGAGGUGGAGGAAACCACCCACUGCUGGUUCCGUACGACACAUUGACUGCCAAAGAAAAAUCCAAAGACAGAGAAAAAGCACAAGAUAUCCUUAAGUUCCUCCAAAUCAAUGGUUACAUUGUGUCCAGAGGUGUGCAGUCACAGGAGCUGGACACUCCUGCCAUAGAGAAACGAUUUGCCUACACCUUCCUCCAGCAGAUCAUCACCUACGUGGACCAGGCACACCAACACAUGAUGGAGUUUGGUAAGAAUCUUCUCAUGCAUGUCGUCCUGCCGUUGGUGGAUCAGUACUUUAAAAACCACAGGCUGUACUUCUUGUCCACGGCCAUCCAUCCCAUCAGCAGUGGUGGCCAUGCCUCUAACAAGGAGAAGGAAAUGGUGACCAGUCUUUUCUGCAAACUGGGAGUUCUUGUCAGACAUAGGAUAUCCUUGUUUGGGAACAAUGCCACUUCCAUCGUCAACUGUCUGCAGAUACUGGGACAAAGCCUGGAUGCCAGGACAGUGAUGAAGACGGGCCUGGAGUCAGUGAAGGCGGCUUUACGGUCAUACUUCGACAGCGCAGCGAAGGAUCUUGAGAAGACUCAGGAGAACCUGAAGCUCGGUCAGUUCACUCACAGCAGGGACCAACCACGAGGAGCGACUCAGAUCAUCAACUACACCACCUUCGCCCUGCUCCCCGUCCUCUCCUCACUGUUUGAACACAUCGGACAGAACAUGUUUGGAGAAGACCUCAUUUUGGGUGAUGUCCAGGUUUCCUGCUACAGAAUCCUUAACAGCCUCUUCCUUCUGGGAACCAACAAAAGCAUCUAUGUUGAGAGACAACGUCCAGCAAUGGGAAAGUGUUUAGCAGCCUUCGCAGCAGCAUUCCCUGUUGCCUUUCUCGAGCCUCACAUGAACAAGUUUAACAGCUUUUCCAUCUAUAACAGCAAAGGAAGCAAAGACAGAGCAGCUCUAGGCCUUCCUGGGCAGGUUGGGGAGGUUUGUUCACUGAUCCCCAAUUUGGAGAAGUCUUUGGAGGAGAUUGUAGAGCUAGCAGAGUCCGGCAUGAAGUACACGCAGAUGCCUCAUGUUAUGGAGUUGCUUCAUGUCAUCGAAAAAUUGCCCACGGAACCAAAAGAAGUGGAUAUUUGUCCUGUAGUGAACACUUCAGAGCCAAAGAUGGUCUUCUCCCAGCCAAUCAUCAGCAAAGCCAAACCUCAGCUGUUAAAGACCCACUUCUUGCCCUUGAUGGAGAAACUCAAAAAAAAAGCAGCUGUUGUGCUGAUGGAUGAAGAACAUAGCAAGGCAGAGGGGAGGGGUGAGAUGUCAGAGACAGAGCUCCUCAUCAUGGACCAAUUUACUGUCCUGGUCAGAGACCUGUAUGCCUUCUACCCUCUCCUCAUACGAUUCGUUGACUACAACAGGGCCAGAUGGCUUAAAGAGUCCAAUCCAGAGGCAGAGGAGCUGUUCCGAAUGGUGGCUGAGGUUUUUAUCUUCUGGGCCAAGUCUCACAACUUCAAGAGAGAAGAGCAGAACUUUGUGGUCCAGAAUGAAAUUAACAACAUGUCCUUCCUUAUCACUGACACCAAGUGCAAGAUGUCAAAGGUACAGACACAUAGAUGA